AUGAAAACAAAGAUCAUUGGACUGAAUCAGCGGCCCACCGUUGACGAGCUGCGGGACAGAAAGAUUCUGAUCCGUUUCAGUGACUAUGUGGAAGUGGCCAAAGCUCAGGAUUACGACAGGAGAGCAGACAAGCCCUGGACGAGACUAUCUGCUUCAGAUAAGGCAGCGAUACGCAAAGAGCUGAAUGAGUUCAAGAGCAGCGAAAUGGAGGUUCAUGCGUCAAGCAAACACCUAACAAGGUUCCAUCGACCAUAGCAAGGUUUCUUCCGUGAAGAAUAUGCUAACGGUAUCUCUGUGAAGUCAAAGACCUCAGGAGGCUGUCCAUGGCUGCUCCAUGGAGGGCCUGAUAUUUGGGCGCUAGCGAACCUUGGAGGCUAUGUCUCUGGAGCUUCAGCUUGAAGAAGCCAAAACCCUCCAAACUCCACUCAGUCCAGCUGCAAGUCUGGACCUUUAUUCUUUUUUCAGGGGACUCUGGUGGGACGGUGGAUGACUGUUUGAAAAAAAAAGACAUUUGACUUUGUUUUUUUGUAAUGGACUGUUUUAAACGGUCCCCUUUUGAUGCCAAUGGGGGGCGUGUGGGGGGGUGGGGGGUCAAGCAUGUGAAUUUUUCGAACAUUUUUCCCACUCCAGUUUUGGUGCUCUUGUGACACCCCAAGCGUUUCUGGGCUCCUACUAAAACUUGAGUUUCAUAUCAGCUGUAUAGAUGUUAGUACGAGGAACGGAAAUCAUGUCUUACCUUUGCAAGGACUAUUUAUUGUCUGUACAGU